GGGGGGCCCCGGCAGAGAAGAACCAGAACAUCGACGGACAAAACCCCGGACAACCCCGGACAAAGAUGCAGAAUCGGCCCGAUGUUGGACGUCUAUCGACGCCCGCAGACACAACUGGCUCCAGAAUGGGCCCCAACAUCCCCAGACAACGAGACAAGCGCGAGACAGCCCAGCUGACCUUGAGCCUCUUCAGUUAGGUCGGGCUAGAAUCAGUCUAGAAUGUAGGCGGCAUGACGACAAGUCCCAUGGGGAACCUUUCGAUAUCUCGGGACAUGGCCUACCCAUUUGGCUAGACACCGUUGAUAGACAACAUGUCCCCAGCCUGACGGGACCCUCCUCAUCACGGAACAAUGGUUGCAAUGGAACUAGCUAGACUAGACUACUAGACCACGCAGCCCAGCUCGUGCUAGAGUCUGGAUCCGUCUUGUAUAUUUAUGUUGCCACGACGCCCUCGUUGUUGACUGGCACAGCAUCCUUCCUCCGAUACCUACUUUGUCCCCCAGGCCCAACAGCUUCAAUCCCAUGCCCUGCCGGUGAUUUUGGAACUUCCUUCUCCAUUCUUGUCCCACCUACCCAUACACGGACGAUACAGUCCAGUCAACAAGACACUCCGUGACACUCAACACCAUGUUCUCGAGAGAGUGGUGGAAGAGGCGCUCCUUGCGAGUGCGCGAUGACAAGGUCACAAAGGCAGCCGAGCUCUCCCUCCGAGAAUCCCUCCUUCCCCUCUGCCUUGUCACCAUCCUCUUCUUCCUCUGGGGCUUCAGCUAUGGCCUGCUCGACACCCUGAACAAGCACUUUCAGGAGACACUCCACAUCACAAAGGCGAGAUCUGCUGGUCUUCAAGCCGCUUACUUUGGUGCCUACCCCCUCGCUUCCCUUGGCCAUGCCGCCUACAUUCUUCGCCGCUUCAGCUACCGUGCCGUCUUUAUCUGGGGUCUCUUCCUCUAUGGCCUCGGCGCCCUUCUCGCGAUCCCGUGCAUCAAGGCCAAGUCCUUCGCCGGCUUCUGUGUUUGCAUCUUUAUCAUUGGCAACGGUCUGGGCUCUCUUGAGACGGCCGCCAACCCGUACAUCACUGUAUGCGGCCCGCCCAAGUACUCGGAAAUCCGUAUCAACUUUGCCCAGGCUUUCAACGGUAUUGGUACCGUUGUAGCCCCCGUGCUCGGAUCGUACGUCUUCUUCGGUUUCGACGAUAACCUCGCCCUCCAAAACGUGCAGUGGGUGUACUUGGCCAUCGCCGUCUUUGUCUACAUCCUUGCCGUCGUCUUCUUCCUCAUCGAACUGCCCGAGAUCACCGACGCAGACAUGCAGCACCAGGCUGCUGAAACCCAUGCUGGCGAUGCCGACCAGCCAUUCAGGAAACAAUACCGCCUCUUCCACGCCUCGUUUUCCCAAUUCUGCUACACGGGCGCGCAGAUUGCCAUUGCCGGUUACUUCAUCAACUACGUGACGGAAACCCGCAAAAACACCGAUUCCGCCUUGGGAGCUCAGUUCCUGGCUGGUGCUCAGGGGACAUUCGCCGUUGGCCGCUUCGCCGGCGCAGCCAUCAUGCACUUCGUCCGCCCGCGCAAGGUUUUCCUUCUCUUUCUCACUGCAUGCAUCAUCUUCGUCGCCCCUACCAUCACCCAGAGAGAAAACACGGGCAUGUCCCUGCUUUACGUCACCCUCUUCUUCGAGUCCAUCUGCUUCCCCACCAUCAUGGCGCUGGGUAUGCGCGGGCUCGGUAGGCACACAAAGCGCGGCUCAGGCUUCCUUGUUGCCGGUGUCUUUGGUGGCGCUGUGGUCCCCCCGCUGAUGGGCGCCGUGGCGGAUAUGCAUGAUACGGCCAUGAGUAUGGUUGUUCCCCUAGCCUUCUUUGCUGUGGCGUGGACGUAUGCGCUUGCCGUCAACUUUUGGCCGUGGUACAGGGAUACCUGUGAUGCCUUUACUACGGCGGAGAUUGGUGUGAGGGACAGAGAGGAUGGUGUUGUUUCCAAGUCGGUCGUGGACGAGGAGGAAGCCGUGGGGAUGGAAGAGCAGACAGUCGGCGAGAAGGGCCUGUAAUGGCGAGGCUGGUGAGGAUAACCCUCGAAUGGAGUUUGAAGUUAUGUUGAAAAGAGUUGAAUAUACCCUUGGAGAAGAUGGAUGAGGUCCGGCCCAAGAGAAAAUGGGUCAUGGUUGGAUAGACGCCCUGAUGAUCAAUGAAUAUUAUGACUGUUAUGCAUACUUCUACUCCUCGCUAUUUAAUUCGUCUUGAUACCUCUAGGGAUAAUGACGGGUUCUUGCAUGUCAUGACUCUUGACAAUACCCCCCAAAGCUUAAUCAUCAACUGGGGUUUACCGACACAGUGUCCUGAACCUGAACAAAAAAACUUUAGGUUGGCAGGGGAAUAUCCUACC